AUGGAAGUUGAGCCCAAAUCGACAACUUUGCUGUGCGUAAUACGGAGGAGGGUUCGAUUUUACUCGGUUGUUCUUUCAAAUAUUCAGCUCAAUUUUAUUUUGGUCCAAGACGAAACAAGGGGCAGGUCCUUGCCAAAUGAAAAUGAUUUGCCAUCAAAAUGGGUUGCUACGAGGCCCAGUGCCCUACGCUCUAUAGCUUUUCUCAAGAGUGGUCCAAACACUAGGCAUCAUAGUAUUUGUGUCCGUGAUCGGGAACGCCAGCAAGGUUAG